GCUCACAGAGAACUUGUGAUAUUCGCGGAGUAGAAGGAGAUCAAACAAUGAUUUCAUCAAAGAACGCGAUCGGCGAUCCAGGUCCUAACGCUUAUGAGAAGGGCUCUGCGUCUGCACUGUGAAGAAAUUGAAGAAAAUGUAGUUCUAGUUGAUCUCGAUGAUGAUCUUUGGACACAAAGCAAAAAUGCACGGACGAAUCGUUCUCUUUUACUUUUUCAGCUGCAUCGACACAACCAGCGAACACGCACGACUCUAGAUAGGUUAACAUCAUCUGCUCCCAUCCAAGACUCGUCUGUUUUCGCGACUCUGUUUUCACAUCACAGCACUAGCUGCUCUUUCCACUGAAGAAAUUUCUGCACUUUGUUUGCAACAGUAACCGCGAAGAAAAUCAAAAUGCUCCGCAAAUCCACCCGUCAGCGGAAGGAGUACCUUUACCAGAAGGCGCUGGAGGAGAAGGAGCGGACGACUUUUGACAAGAAACAGAGAUUACGCGAAGCCCUCGAGGAAAACAAAGCUCUCCCGACCGAUUUGAGAAACAAAUCCGCCGAUCAACUGAGACAGAAACUGGAUUUGGACGAUGACAAGACGAAGGAACAACACCAAGUCCUGGAUGACGAAUACGCGUAUCUGGGGGUAAAAGACCCCAAAAUCGUCAUAACGACAGCCCGGGAACCGUCAUCGAGGUUGAUGAGCUUCGUGAAGGAAUUCCGAUUAUUGUUGCCCAACGCGCAGAGGAUAAACCGAGGUAAGAUUGUUUUUGACAACUAGUAGAUUUGUUCUCUUCAUCUCCGACCUAGUGCGUGGCAGUACGUAGUCCUAGUCGUGCUCUAUCACAAGAAAGCGACUCGAGGCUUCUAUGAUGUGGAUGUGCUUGAUGCAUAGAAAAUGUUAAUGUUGGUCAACCUUCCCCAACCCAUCACUAAAACUACAGGUAGCUACGUGAUGAAAGACCUGGUCGAUAUGGCUAGGAAAAACGACGUGACGGAUAUCGUGAUCGUUCACGAGCAUCGUGGUGAGCCAGACGGGUUGAUUGUUUCCCAUCUUCCCUACGGACCAACAGCGUAUUUCGGAAUGAAAAACGUGAUCCUCAGGCACGACCUGGCGGAAAAGCCAGACAACAUGUCAGAGGCGGCACCACAUUUGGUGUUUCACAACUUUGAAUCUCAGUUCGGAAAACGGGUUUCAACGAUACUUAAAGCACUCUUCCCCCCAGCCGCGCCGUUGGGAAACCGGGUGAUGACGUUUGCGAACAACAAGGAUACCAUCCAUUUUCGGCAUUACAACUACGGGGAUGGGAAAGAAUCUGGUAUGAAGAAGCGAAGACUGACCACGAAUAACGAUGCGGAAGUGAACAAGAAGGCGGAAGAUGUGGAAUUGCGGGAAGUGGGUCCAAGAUUCAGCCUGCAGUUGUACAGAGUAGAAUUGGGCACGUUGGAUAUGAAAGACUGCAAGGUGGAGUGGGUCUUGCGGCCCUACUUCAACAAACAAAAAGAUGUCUUGGCAUAGGAUAGUUGUGAGAGACGAAACCAUGUGACAACUCUGUGGCGCCCUGUUACCUCGACAUGGAACGUUUUUUUACUGCGAUUUGUGCUCUAGUAUUAAGCCCUUGCAUACAAAGAAUCACGUCGAAGAACUGGCAAUGUCAGAGUGACGUACAGUCAAGGCUAGGCCUAGGGCGUAGUAAAUUAAUACGAAAUGAAAAUGAAUAGUUUACAUUUUAUUGUUCAAAGGAGUGUUGACACGAGAGAGUGACGACGAG